AUGACUUCAGUAUUGGUAACAGGAGCAUCGGGGUUCAUUGCCCAGCACAUUGUCAAGCUGCUCAUCUCUAAAAACUAUUCCGUGGUUGGAACUGUUCGUCUGUCAGCUAAAGGUGAUAAGCUCAAGGCCAACCUCGAUGCCAUGAACGCAGGCAAGUUCGAGUACUCGAUUGUUCCCGACAUUGCAGCAGAAGGUGCAUUCGACAAGGUUUUCACCAACUUUCCCGACAUUUCUGUUGUUCUCCACACCGCAUCGCCAUUCUUCUACGAUACCACUGAUCCCGAGAAAGACUUAGUGAUUCCUGCUAUCCGUGGCACUGAAAACAUCAUGAAUGCUAUCAAAGCACAAGUUUUGGCUAGCAAGUGCAACAUUAAGCGCGUGGUGAUCACUUCCAGCGAUGCAGCUAUCUAUUCUUCGGUCGAUGAACAGAAUGCUGCUCUCUCAUUCGACGAGACUUCAUGGAACAACAUCUCCUAUGAAGACGCCAUCAAGGACCCAGUCAGUGCGUACUAUGGAGCCAAGUCUUUUGCUGAGAAGGCUGCUUGGAAAAUCGCCGAGACUCCUGGAUUCCCAAAAGUUUCUUCUGUCAAUCCAGUCUGGGUGUUUGGACCCCAAGCUUUUGACAACGAAGUGAGCAACGUGUUGAACACGUCCAACGAAAUGAUUCACAUCUUGACGAAGGUUGGCCCCGACGGACACUUUGAGAACGACAAGGGAGGGUUUGUCGACGUUCGUGAUGUGGCCAAGGGACAUUUGGCUGCUUUCGAAGAGGAUUAUACAAUUGGCAAACGGUUGUACAUGAAGAAUGGCGAGUUCAGCAUGCAAAUGAUGUUGGAUGCUAUGAACAAGCAGUUCCCACAGCUUAGGGGUAAGAUUCCUGUUGGCACACCCGGGUCAGGACCUGCGGAUAUUCUGACGUUGGCUAAAGCAAAUAACGCGGCCACCAGAGAGCUUUUGGGAAUCAAAUGGGUGAGUUUGGAACAAUGUGUGAGUGACAUUUUGAGCCAACUUUUUGCUAGGAAAAGAGAAAGUUCAUUGUGA